AAUUGGAUUAUAAGGACUUUUGCUCUAGGGGGUUUGGGCCGGGCUGCCCUGCCCGGCUUACUGUGCCGAACCAGAAUCCGUUUUAGGUAGAUGGGAGAUGUUAAAAUCAAUCUAUUUGAGCUGGGAAGGGCUUCAUUUGGUGAAUCAAAGACAAGAAGUCGAGAAAAGCAAUGGUGAGAGCAAGAACAAGAAGAAGAAGAAGAGAGAUCUGAAAUGGCAUAUCAGACGAAAUACAAAGACAAGAUGGAAGUACACCCUCCACAAAAUCCCUGAAAGGGACAUUAACAAGAACAAAAAAGAGAGAGGUUGAAGAGGAAAGGGCGUGGCAGAAAUGACAGAGGUUGAUGAAGAUCUGGUGGAGAAAAUCCUGUCAACUCUGCCUCCCAAGGCUCUGAUGCGAUUCAAAUGCGCCUCUAAAGGGUGGUAUGCGCUGAUCAACGAUCCCAGGUUCGUAGCUAACCACCUCUCCUAUUACAAUUCCAAUUCCAAUUCCAAGCGUCUGCUCCUUAUGAAGAAGCAUUUAGUGUCCAAGGACAUCAAGGACACUGAAAAUGAGACUGCAGAAGAAGAAGGAGAGCUAGUGUUUUCGUUGCUUAAUUUAUGCAAUAAAGAUGAUGAUAUUGAUAAUGGUGAGGACAGCAUUAUUGUCUCUAGUGUCGAGGAUAUCAAGAUUCCUCUUUGUAUGAGUCUAAAGACUAGAGGCGAAGCAGUUCAUAUCGUAGGGCAUUGCAACGGAAUCAUCUGUCUACUUCUAGGAGUUCUACCUAAUUCUUUUCAGCUGCUUUUAUGGAACCCAGCAAUUCAGGAAUUCAAGCUUCUUCCUCCCCUUCCAUACCUUCAAGAUGUUGAUUGGGAAAGAACUCUGUGGUUCAAGUAUGUUCAGGGGUUUGGAUAUGAUCCUAAAUUGAACGAAUAUAAAGUUGUUAACAUUGGACUAGUUUCUCCUUCAGAUUUGAGGGAUGAUGGAUAUGUUAUUUAUCAUCCUCCAAAAGCAGCAAUAUACACUUUGAGUACUGAUUCUUGGAGGGAGAUCAACACCAAUGCUUUUGAAACAGAAACCACUCUCCUUAGACCCGAAAAUUUCCAGUUUCAAUUCAAGCAAAUGUUUUAUUGGUUAGGACAUGAGCAACAUAAGGAACUGGUUGCAUUUGAUAGAGACGAGGACCUCAUUAGGCCGGUCAUCAUUUUGUUGGAUAUUGAGAAUGAGGUAUUCGAUGAUAUCAUGUUACCUGAUAGUUUAUAUCAUCCCUGGGUCAAUACUGAUGGUAUGGAACUUCGGGUGUGGAACGAAUCCCCUGCUCUUUUUGUAUUGGUUGAUGGACUUCAAGGUUAUAAACCUGAAGAAGAUUAUUCUUUUGAAAUAUGGGUGCUGGAUGAACUUGGUGGUCCCAAGGGUGCUUGGACAAAACACAUAACUCUUGAACCCAAAGAAAAGCCAUUGGCAUUUUUGAAUAGCAAUGAGACAGUUAGAAAUGAUUUCAUGGGACUUGUACUCUCCUAUGAACUUCGUAGCAAAAGGCUUAAAGAUAUUCUGAUUCAAAACACGCCUUAUUCUCAUAUAUAUGUCCGGUUAGAUGAGAUUGCAGCUGUUGUCUAUGUGAAAAGUAUAGUUUCAGUCUUGGGUGCCCAGAAGCUCCGAAGCACAGAUAAUUCCAAUGUGGUGAACUUUUCUCUACUCACGUACUUUCCAUUCAGUCCUUCAAUAGUGGAAAGGGAAAGCAACUCAUAUUCCAUAUGGGCCAUCCCACCGGAUGAUGUGUCUCUUAGGAUCAAGAAGGUGAUGGAAAGUCUCAGGGCCGAGUUCGGUGGGCCGGAGAUCGAACCGCAUAUCCCUAUUGUGGGGUCUAUUCGUAUGACAUAUGAAGAUGUGCUCAACAAAUUUAGAUCUCUCCGUUCUAAAAAUUUUUGUGCAUACCAAGCAAAAGUAAAUCUAGUGGUUACCCGAAAUUUUUAUCACCAAUGUGUUUCCCUACUCAUUGAUUCUUCAACUGAAGAAUCCAGUCAGUUAGUGUAUACAACUGGCAUAUGCAAUGCACAUUUCGGUUUACAUUUGUGUGGUAGGCCAUAUUUGAGUCUCCUUUGUGGGAAUCUGCCAGAAAAGGAAAGGAAAAUAGCUCUAGAAAAAGUUGGCAUUCUAGAUAAAAACAUUUCCAGCUUGAACUUCACCAUAGCUCAACUUGCAGUUUGCAAAAUCAACUACAGAGAUGUAACUCUCAAAUCUUGGGACAAAAUUACUGAAUAUACCCUCCCAUUCCAUUAGUUAAAAUAUACAACAGGUGCAUUUUGGUUUCCAUUUGUAUGGUAGGCCAUAUUUGAGUCUCCUUUACGAGAAUCUGAUAGAAGAAGAGAGGAAAUUAGCUCUAGAAAAAGUUAGCAUUCUAGAUAAAAACAUUUCCAGAUUGAGCUUCACCAUAUAGCUCAACUCGCAGUGUACAAAAUCGACUAUAGAGAUAUGACACUCAAAUCAUGGGAAAAACUGAAUAUGCCCUCCCAUUCCAUUAGGUCGGUCUCUUAAUUCAUGCUUACUGUAAAACUUGUAUUCUGGUCGACAUAAGAGU